AACCAACAUGGCGUCAACUUGUUUACGUCGCAUAUUGUUUACAAAUAGAAAAUUUACGUUUGGGAGAAAUUGAUUUCGCAGAUGAAUGCAUUAUUUACUCAAUCCCGUUCUCCAUUAGUCAUAUUUGUAAUACUGAAUACAAACUUAGGACUUUGCAGGAUGUAAACGCCACUAAACACCCAAACGAUGAGUUCUGAAAUUCGAUUCCUCUGCGUUGCUUGCAUUCAAGCAUGCACCGUGUUCUUUCUUGUCAUUGCGGACCAGACUACCCAGCAAGGAGGCCUUAAUGUUCCGAAACAAGUCCAUAUUGGAUUUGGGAAAACGACGAAUGACAUGAUAGUGAUGUGGUCCACUGUAAGGAACGAUUCGUCUGUGGUGGAAUAUCACACUGGAGACAAUUCACUGGAAAGCGUUUCGUCAGCGUCUGGUAGCACCGUGUACUUCCCUGAAAACUCGAACGGACUGCAGUAUCUGCACAGGGUCGUGUUGACAAACUUGAGACCAGGUGUGAAGUACUUUUAUAAUGUCAGAGGGGAGAAACGCGACUCGCUCAGUGAUCAGUUCAGCUUUACUACACCCGAAUCUAAGGGAAAGCAAACUUUUAUGAUUUUUGGUGACAUGGGGACAAUGACGAAGAGUCUGCCAUUUAUCGUCUAUGAAGCAACAGGGAAAACAAAGUAUGCUUCAAUAUUUCAUUUGGGUGAUAUCGCGUAUGAUCUUGGCAGAGAAAAUGGUGCUGUUGGGGAUAAAUUUUUUUCAAAAGUAGAAAGAAUGGCUGCUCGUAUUCCCUAUAUGACUAUUCCUGGUGAUCAUGAGAUGUUUCAAAACAGCAGAAAUCAUUAUUUUCAUCGACUGUCAAACCCUGGAAAAGACUGGCCAAUGCAGCAAGAAGACUUGUGGUAUAGCGUGAACAUUGGAAAAACUCAUUUCAUUUGUAUAUCAACAGAGGUGUUUUUCACAAAUAAGCAAAACAUUCAGAAAAUCAUGGACUGGCUGGUACAGGACUUGGAAGAAGCCAACACGCAUCGACAGAAAUAUCCAUGGAUCAUUGUUAUGGCCCAUCGUCCUCUCUACUGCUCAACCGACGACAAAAAUGAAGAUUGCACAAAGGCCCACUCAGUUGUCCGGACUCAUUUAGAAGACAUGUUUUACUUCUAUGGAGUCGAUCUCGUCUUCAGUGGUCAUCAGCACAUGUACGAGAGAACUUGGCCAGUGUACAAAAACCGUGUCCUGGCCUAUAAUUACCUUGACCCUAGGGGAACUGUUCACAUCGUCAUCGGCAACAUGGGAAACGUUUAUCUGACAGAGAAAGGAAGUAAGCCAGGCGGAGCCUGGUCUUCGUUUAUUUCCCCCUCGGAGCACGAGAUGUACGGACGACUGCACGUCCACAACAACACUCAUAUCUACUGGGAAGUCCUAGGUGCACAGGACAAUGAUUUAUAUGACAGUCGCUGGAUCAUCCAGCGGAUUCAUGGCCCCUUCAACAAAAGCUCCAUCUUUAUUCCAGAUCCUCUAGGUGCGGCAGGGGCAGCAUGGCGAGAACAGCAGGAGGACGAUUCCAAUGACAUCAUCAGUCUGCGAUUUUUCUACAUGAACGGGGAUGACUACUCGCACCGCAUCACUGUGUUAACUUUUACCGUGAUUAUUUUACUUUUCGGGCUCUGUUUCAAGAAAAAGAUUUUGAAUGUUAUUCGGUUGUGCUUUGUGAAACAGGAGUCAUUACCAAAGUAAAGGCUAUUAUUUACAAGUGUAUCUUUGCGUACCAAAGAAAAGAAAAUCUUAUUUAUUUUACUCCAGAAAACUUUGAUCAUCUUCAAGGUGUUUGCUCAAACAGAAUUAUUGUUAAUGGGAUGUACAUACAAGUAGAAAUGUUUUUAAACAAGACAUGCAAGGACACACUGUGUAUUUGUUCAUAGAUAACAAAAUGUAAUGUGUGUGAUAUUAAUGGGGUUGUGAUAAGUCAAGAUAAAGAAAGGUUUUUUUUCUUCAUGUUCUUUCUAACUUUUUUUCAGCUUGUGGCUCAGAUAAUUAAGUUCAUGCAUGUUUUGUGUAUGUGAGCGUGGUCAGACUAUUGUUAUAGUUUUUUUGUUGAUGUAUGUGUAUCAUAUAUGUCAAUUUAAUUGAAAUUAGAACUUCCGUCCACUCCCUGAUUUCCGAUAUAUCACUUGGAAGAUCUUCCAUGCGUCGUAUAAAAAACCAGGGAGCGGAUGGAAGUUCUAAUUUUUAUUAGAUUGCAUAUUUUGUUAAAUAUGUAUUACAGCUGUUGUUGUGGGUAUCCCAUGCUCACAGAGUUAUAAAACUUACAUGAAUAAGUUUAACUUGUAAAAGGGAAUAUACAAAAUGUGUUAAAAGUCGGAUUUCCACAUACAUGUAUUUGAAUGUAUUAAUGGUAUAUUGUCAAGGAAAUUCAAUAAGGUAAAAGAGAGGAAUAGGAAGCAUUUCCAUUACAGUUCACAUAAUUGUUAAGACUAUUGCUAUUAUUUUUCAGCCUGUUACGUACUUGUACUGGUGGAAUCUGUUAUUUCAUAAUGCUGUAAAUAUGUUAAAUUUCUUGCACUAAUUUUGCAUAUUUUGAAAAUACUCUUUUUUAACUGUUUUUAGCAUGUGUAUAUUUGAAAUUAGUUAUGAUUUUUAUUCCCCUUUUAAUAAAAACCUUUUUAACCAGAAUUGAACAGAUUAACAAUUAGGUGGACUACUUGACCUGUUCAAUUUUUCAUUGAUUUGCUACAAGUGUUUACUUAAAAUAUAAUUCAAAGGCUAAAUUAAAUUUGUAUUUUAAUUAUUAUGAUACUGUAUUGUAACAAUAUUAGCUCAUGAUUGUACAACAAUGUUGUAUGUGUCUUCUCCAUCUUUCCCCUCUGUUAUGUUAAUUUGUCUAAACUGAAAUUAAUUCAAAUUUACAAUUUUAAGAUUAUAAAUAAAUCAUUUAUCCAUUCCUAUACAGUGUCAUUCCCAUCUACAUGAUCUAAUUUAAAUACUCAAAUCAUUGACCAUGCAUUAAAACUUUACUUUAUCAUUAUUGCAUAUGUAUUAAACUUAAAUAGUUUUCUAUCAUUGACAAGAUUAUAUGGUACUACAUAGACAAAAAAACUCUAAUUAUGAAAAGAAACAGUGCAUGGAUUUUUAGUCAAUGUUAGUUGUAGCUCUUCUGUCUGGCAAAAAAGAAAAGUAUAUGUCUGCCCUUUAGCGGCCUUGGCUCCAAUGGAGUCCUCGUACAAUUCAUGUAUUUUAUGUGUUCCAGAUACAAAAUAUAUGCUGUAUAUCAUUGAGCAGUUAUUUUUUGAUUGUCAGUCAUUGUAAAAUUUUAUUGGAAUCCAUGAAUCUGUGAUGGUUGACUAUCUUGAUAGCUACAUUAUCUUUGGUUUCUUUUGUUAUCAUAUUAAAAAUGUAACAUAAUUGAAUAUUUGGAAAGAAAAGGUUUUAUGAGAGAGAGAGAGAGAGAGAGAGAGAGAGAGAGAGAGAGAGAGAGAGAGAGAGAGAGAGAGAUAGAGAGAGCUUGCAUUAAUUCCAUUUAAUCUGAAUGUAUAGAAAAGAGAAACUGUUUUUAUCAGUUAUUUUGUCUACAUUCAUGCAUAUAAGAGAUAUACAAUGUGUUUAUGUGUAUGCAUUUGGUGCACAGAUCUUUUUGUAACAGUGCUUAAGACAUGUAUACAGAUACUUAAAUAAAAUACCUUUCAUAUAUAAAAAU